AAGUCAUAGCUCGUUUGAAAUGUCAUGUUGAUGUUGCUUCCCAUUUACGCAUUCCCAAGCCGAUAGACUUUAGUUGUUUUUGUUUUCAUUAUUUUACCUACAUUAAGUGUAUGGAUAUGGUCAUGCCAUUUGAUAAGUUUCUUUGGCAUGGUUUUUGCACAUAUGAGAGAAAACCUCAAAAGACUGGCACAUGGAGGAUGCAAGCGAAAUUAAUUUGGAGGUCAUCAGUGAGUCGGAUGAUUCCGAGGCAGUGACUGACCGCCAGCAGACCGGCGAUGUCACCCACAGAGAUGUCCAAGUGUCCGCCUCUGAAAAUGUCUCUGAGGAAGAGGGGGCUAUUCUGCCCCUGGACCCAGCGAUUGUUGCUAAACAAAAGCAAAUUCUUGGCCUCUUGCCCUUCAUCGAGGAAGUGAAAAAUGCGUUUAUGUCGAGUCUGACCCAGGGACAAUUCUCCCGUCUAGAGGCCCUCAUCUGCCUUGUCAAGCGAGACAAUGUGACCCCGUCGACUCUCAAUAAAAUUGAAACGAUUGUAAUGAAGCUGGAGACGAAAUUCGGUGAGAAGGUCCGAAAUAGACAGGCACGCGAGGCCAGUGGUGCCGCAUCAGGCAACCGUUCCGGGGCCCCCGCUCAAAAACGCUUGCUCCAGAAAGGUCAAGCCCCGGAACAAGACACAGCUCUAGCCAAAUCCAAAUCCACAGCCACUGCCGCCGCCUCGCCUCAGAUCAACAACCAGAAACCAAAGGGUUCUGGCUCAAACACAAGCACAGGACUCACAAAGCGCAAAGAGAAGCCCAGCAGUACUGCGAUAAAAUAUGGCGAUAAAAUAUCGAUAAGUUCGUCCAGCAGUGAAAGUGAGGACCACAUGGAAUCAACAAACAGGAAAAGAAAUCCUCAGAGCAGGUCGACAACAUUGUCUGGAUCGAAAGCUUCGACUGAAAGACGCAAAUCCGUUUCACUCGAUCGCCCAUCCCCAGCGAAUAAAGUCGCAGAGGAGCCAGCGCGCAGGUCCUCCAGUUCCCACAGCUUUUCCGCCCACAAGCCACGCAAUGAGCGCAAGAGUACAGCAAAGAGUCAAGGAGCAAGUCGGGAUCAGAAGAAACCAGAGGGUGGCAAGGCGGAUACCAGCCAGAAGGCCAGAGAGUGCGACAGAGUUCCUUCUGAUGGACAAGAUUUACUGUCUGCCAUACGUGAAGCCAGAACCCUGGACAGAGAACAAAAGCAGGCGCGAGAGAAUGCCAAUAGAGAGCGGACCAAAGUUAGAAGUUUGCAAUUCAAUGCCAGCGCCAGCGCCGAUCUAGGAUUCUCGCGCCGAUCCAAUGCAGAUCAAGCAACAGCAAAGACGGCAUUUACCAGACAAUGUGAAGCAGACUCCACAUCGGCGGCGGCAGUGCGUCAGCCAACACCAAACGAGAGGCACCAACAGCAGCAGCCGCCCACAGAGCCAUCGAAUGGUACUCCUACUCUUGCUCCUACUAUUUCUCCUACUCCUCCACCAUCCUUGUGUGAUAGAGAUGCUGCCAGAAGGGAUAGACCAGUCAGUCCACUUUCGGAAGCACGCAAGAAACUGGCCGCUAUGCUGAUGGAUAAGCUGGAUCCCUCCGGGGCUGUGGGAACGGGACUGCCGUGCACAUUGCCACUGGCAUCGAACAGCAUGGAUCCGCGUGGAAAGAAUCCCAAUUACAAAAGUCACGCCUUGUCAGCUGCCGUUUCGAAUGUACUGGCCUCCCCGCCAGCUCCUCCCCCCCUGCCAGUUCCUCCCCCGAGUGUCAUUCGCGAUACAUCGCCAGUGCUGCCGGCACCGCCAAUGAAGGCCUCCUCCGUAUGGAACCGCAUCCCAGGGGCAGUAGCUGAGGAACGAAGCAUGGGCUUUCGACCACGGAAUCUGAACAGCCAUAAUGCGCAUGUGCGGCCUCCGCACAAUGUUCAUGGGAACCAGCGGCCACAAGGACUCCCUGGGAACGAGACGCAAUCCUCGGGCCCUGCGCCCCAUUUGUCCAAAUACUUUCAUCCUUCCGAUCCGAGAUCGAUGCCACGUGAAGCCACAUGGGAUCCACGUGAGACACGGGAUCCACGCUGUCAGAAUAUGCCACGACCGAACCAUCAGCACAAACAUCAGCACCAGGGCUAUUCUCAGGGCAACUCCACGAACUGGCAACCUUCGUCCUGGAAUGGCAAUAACAAUAACAAUAGAAAUGAAACAAAUCCCUUUAAUGGUGGAGGUAGACCUAGUCCCGAUCCUGGGUUUCUGCCUGGACCUAGACCCAACUUCGGUGGAGGCAGCUUUCGUGGCGGCCCCGGUGGCAUUAGCCAUCGAUACAUGCCACCAGGCGGCGGACGAGGACGAGGCGGAGGGAAUUAUGAUGGGCCGCAUUCGUAUCGCGAGCAUCGUGAGGCCAAGGCCAGGGAGGCAGCAGCCGCUGCCAAGGUGGCCGAGGAGCAGCGCCUGGCGGACAUCGAGAAAAAACGCCAGCUGGAGGCAGCCGACAAGCAGCGGCAGCAGGAGGAGAGCGAUUGUGCGGCAGUAACGUUGGCAGUGACGGCACUACCAGAGCGCCAGUUGGACACCUCAUAUCGCACCGUCAUCGCGAAUGGUCCGGCCAAGAAGAUCGACUUUCGAAUACCCAAAAAAACGUCGACAGCGGCAGCAGCCACGACCAAAGUGGGCCAGUCCUUGGGCAAUGGUAAAGAGGGCGAGAGUGCCAGCUCAUGCACGAGUCCACUCACGAACAAAUCCUGUAAUGAGAGAGAGGAUAACGACAGAGACAAGGAUAAGGAUACGAAUAGGAGUACUGAUAAUAACAAAGAUACUCCUAACGUGGAGAGCGAGAGCCCCAGGAAUAGUCCUAAAGAUCCUAAAGAUAAUCCUAAACCUGAAAGAGCGGAAAAAAAGAAUCGAUCUAAAGAUGCGGAUAAGAACAAAAAUAUGUCUAAAGAUCAGGAUAAACCCAAAAAGGAAGAGACGUCAGCAGCAAAGAAUGCCAACAAGAAAAAGAAAAAGAAGUUGAAGAAGAAAAAAGACAACAAUCAAACGGAAAAGAAGGAGCAAAAAGAAGCAGGCGACAAGAAAGCCUCAUCCUCCACGCCCUCCUCUUUACCUUCCUCUUGUUCCACUGCGGAGACUAUUGCGAAAGGAAACAACUCGAAUAAUAAGCCACAGAUCGAUGGCUCAGGCGCCUCCUGCUCUCUCUCGGAUAACGUAGAGAACGAGCCACCGAUGGUCUGUAUACCCUGUACGCCCUCGGACAAAGCCUCCGAGGGCAAACCGACAACCGACAAACCGGAGAUACAGCCGGAGGACGCUGCAUCGGAUAUUGACCUGAAGAACACAAAAACAAAGGCAGGAAGCCCUUUGGAAGGGAAGCCCGAUAACGCGGCUGCAAGUGGAACUGCAACUGGAACCGCAACUGAAACCGCAACUGCCGAGUCCAUGGCAGCCGCAGUUGCGGUUGCGGAUCCAGUUGCGGGCCAAAAGGUACCCCCCAAACUAUCGAAAAUGAAGAUUUUCCUGGGUCCCAACGGCCACAGUACAUUCCUAUUUAACGACGAUGGCUCCAAGCUGCUCGAGGACUUUGGCCAGAAGUUUAAGGCAAAUCCAAAUGGAGAUACAAAUGGGAGUGAGGAGCAGCAGGGGCCCACAUACAGCCGAAAAAUCAAUCCGAAUAUGCGACGCCGCAAUUCGAUGGCACCGACGGCCAGCCGUCCGCUGGUGGACAGGGCCUUGCUCUUUAAUGGCAGUAGCCUGAUGUAUGAGGACCUCACCGAACAGAAGCGCAAGGAUGAGAAGCAAUCGAUGAAGGCACGCCAUCUGGCGAAUAUAUUCGAGAAGACCAGCGAUAAUUGCCGCGUGUCUACCCAGAAUAUUAUCACUGGAAAGCGGCGCACACGCGGCAUACCCGAAUGUUCCUUCAACGAAACGAAGCUCAGCCGGAACUGCUUCGGUUUGGGUCAGAUAAACAGGUCCGCUAAGGCCACACCCGAGGAAAAGAAGCUACGAUCCAUUACAGUGCCGCAAACAAAACCUGAUAUUCCACAUUCCAAAUCGGAGGCAGACAAGCCGAGAUCGGGGGAGGAUAACAAUUUUGAGACUGAUAUUUCCACCAAACCGGAGGCGACGGAGUUGCAAACGGAGAAGACUCCUCAGCCUGUGAAACGCAAACGAGGCAGACCUCCCUCCUCGCCCAAGAAUGCGAUCGUGCAAGCGAGCAAGAGACCACGACUGGAAAUCGAAGAAAACCGUGCUCAGAUUGAGGUGACGGACUCCGAUGAACAGUCUGUUGCCCCAACACCAACACGGCCGACACCGACACCGCCUGCUCCACCGACCGUGCAUCUAGCACGAGCCAAGCCACGGGCACGCAAGAGGAACGAGCUGGAAAAGCUCAACGAAUAUCUUUCGUCCAUGCACAACGGAGAGGAAGUGACGCGGGCCACUGGAAGACGAGCAUGCACUUUGCAACAGGUGCAACGGCGUUCAGAGUCGCUAUCGCCAUCGCCGUCUCCUUCUCCUCUUCCCAGUCGUAGGCCCAGCCCAAGGGAGAUUCGAAAUGUGGCACGUCGCGGUCGACCCUGUGGACCCCGCGGAAACAACGACGGCAUCAAUCGAGCGUCCACAAUCUGGAAAAGGGAGAAGCCAGUGUUGAAAUGUGUUGUGCGUUUGCGGCGUCACCCAAUGCCAAUACCCCCGCAGUCCCCGAAACAGCCAACGCCAACGCCAACGUCAGCGAAAACGUCAAAGACAACGACAACAACACAACCAAAGCGAAAGGAGGAGCAGAAAAAGCGAAACAAAAAAACACAACUGAAUGUGAACUCCGAAUGGAAUGCCAUGUCCACUGGGGCCAUAGAUUGUGUUGUGUGCCACAUGGAGAUCGAUAAGAAUCCCAUCGGCCACUAUCUGCAGUACCACAAGGAGAACUACAUCUCUCGCCUGGCACCCGGCAUGCUGGACGAACUGCGCGAAGGUCGGGGCAAUCGUUUGCGGUUUGCGGGGGGUGACGGCAGCAGAAUGAAGUACAACUACGUGUGUCCCUUCUGCACGAAGGACCUGCAAAACUCCUCCUUCGGCAACAUAGCGUUGCAUCUGAUUGGGCAUACGGGCGAGAGCAAUACCCAGUGCUCGGCGUGCAAGCAACCCAUGCGACGCCAGGCUACAAUUAAGAAGCAUCGCAAGAAUUGUGUCCCCGAAGCACAAAUAGUUUCCGACCCGAGAACCAGCUGCCUGCCCCUCAGUCUGCAUGUCUGUCCUGUGUGCGAUUACGUGCAGAUGGGGCAGGAGAGACGGGACAGGCAUCUGAUGAAGCAUCAUCGGUUAAACGAACAGCUGAUCGCGGACAUAGAAAUGGAGAAGGUGAUCCUCUGCUGUCGUCCCGCCGAUGACAUACAGAUGAAAACAGAAACGGAAACGGCCGUGCCGAAGCUGAUAUCGCGACGCAGCUCCAUGAUCUAUCCGAAGACCCCCAAGAAGAAGAUUUGUUUCAAGAUAAAGCAACGGAAGCCCGGCAGACCCUCCAAGCUCUCCAAGCGGGGGGACGAGUCCCAAGGGGAGGAGGAAGAUGUGGAAGAGAUUGAAGAGGAUGGCAUGCCAGCGUCACAGGAGAUGCAGGAGAUCGAGGUGCCUCCGCUGAAUGAAGAUGCUGCCGCCGAACCCAUUUUGGUCGUCAACGAGUGCCUCUUGGAUCUUGAUCCCGAAUUAGAAAUGGAUCUGAAGCUGCUGCAUGCCCAGCUGGAGGAGGAUAUCGAGGAGACGGAACUCUUACAAAACGAGUCUGGGCUCCAGCAAAAGAGUGCUGCCGCCAUCACCAUGGUGGAGGAGAAGCCAAUUUUGGCGGAACUGUUGCCAAUGGAAGUGGAGGGCACCGGCAAUGAAGCGCAGGUAACGCAGGAUUCGCCAGCUAAACCCUCAGAGGAGGAGGAGGAGACAGUAGUGCCUGCAGUCCCCGUGGAUACGCAUAUUCCCGACCUGUCUGUGGAUCCCCUCAUGGGCAUUGGAAGCGAUGAUUCCGGUAGCGAAAUGGAUGUCGAUGUGGAUGUGGAGGUGGACACCGUAUCUGCAUGCACAGCCCCCACACCAGCCCCUGGCGCUAAGGAUGUCGAUGAUGAUGACAAGAAGAGGGUCCCCGGGGAUUGGGUCGAUCUGGUCGAGACUGGCUCUCAGGAUGGGUCCCGCUCCCAGUCGAUAUUCCGAAAAUUCAAUCGUUACUACUCCCGCCUCACCAACAGAACGGGUGGAGGAGUAGGUUCAGGUUCAGGAGGAGGCGGACCACGUCACUCAACAUCCCGUAUUACGCCAGCCGAUCCAAAUGAACUUAUGCCCGAAAUGCGACCCUUGGAACCAGAACCAGAACCAGAACCAGAAAAAGCACGGGAGAUACAGAUAAAGCCAGUACUGUCCGCCCCAACUGCAGCUCUAGCAGCUAAGCCAACUCCUUCCGAAAUAGUAGUAGCAGCAGCAGCAGCAGGAGGAGUACCUGCCCCCGGGGACACCACACCAAUGUCGGCAUUGACGCGAGUGGAGAACGUGGCCUACCGCAUGAGGGAGACCACACUGCCGGCGAGUGCCGUCUACUGCUGCGUGUAUCCCGGCUGUUCGUUUCUCUUCUCAAACGAGCGCGAGGGCCUGGAGCGACACUUUGCCAUCGAGCAUCCGCAGGUGUCCUGGAGCGGCGGCUGUUUCGCCUGCAUCACCCAGGACCAGACAAAGGCGCUACUGACACUACCGCGCAGCAUUGCAGAUGAGCUGCAUCACCUGGCCCAGAAGCAUAUGCCUGCUGCAGCACCUGCAGCGAAUCCACCCGAGCAGCUGCUGCCCGCGGCCAAGCCAGCACUGCCCAAGCUUCGAGUGCGUCGCUUCAGUGGCGACUUACUCACGAAAGCUGCAAAGCAAGUCGAACAGGACCAGAUACAGCAACAGCAACAGCAGCAGCAACAGGAAAAUGUAUCCUCGAACCAAGUGGAUGUGGAUAUGCAUGGGAAUGUGGAAGGAGAUACCCUGGCUAAUGUUAUGCUCAGGGAUCUGCUAAAGGCCACGCCACGACCUAUCAACCAGCUGGCGGACUUAAAUGCCGCCGGACUGGGGGAAUUUCUUUGCGCCAAGCCUGCCACUCCGCCUGCAUUAUCUCCCAGGGAAACGGAAACGCAAGCCCCAAGGGCUGCAGAUGGGAAUGCAAAUGGAAACGAAAAGGCAAAUGAAGAACUGCUGUACAAUAAUAGGAAGAACACAGGCCUCCAAAUCGUGACUGUGUGCCAUGUGGAUGAACCCCAGAAUGAACCAGCAGAACCCCAGGCAAUGCCACCAGUCCUGCCUGAGUCACUGGCAACAGUUAACAAUGGCCAUUUUAUGGUGACUCAAAGCAUCUCUGCGAAUCACGUCAACAUAUGCCUGGCAGCUCCAACAGCAGCAGGUUCAGCUGUAGCUGCAUCUGCAGCAGCGGAAAAGGGUGCUCCCGCUGGAGCACCACCAACAACAGCCAACCGUCGUCCAAAUCUCCACUUGUCGCAGGAUCGUUUUCGCUGCAUGGCCGCUGGAUGCGGCUAUUGUGCCCACACAGUGAUGUGCAUACGGGAGCACAUGAAUUUUCAUCGUUUCAGCUUUGGGAGCGCCGACUACCUGUACUGCGCCUACUGCCCUCAUGUGGCCUCCGAUGUGGAUGACUAUGUGCGACAUGGCGUCCUUGUGCAUGGCCUGGCGCCGCGCCAUGAGCUGGAAACAGCUACAACCACACGGCCGGGCGGGGAGUUGUCUGUUAGCGAGCAGAUUCAUAAGACAUUCACCCAGCAAAGGAAGGCAUUUACAGCGACAGUUCCACCGGCAGUGCCAGUGUCAGCGUCAGCGCCAGCAAAGGAGAAAGUACAGCCACAGCUACAGGGAAAGGAAACGGCUCCAGGCAACCCACAUGGAGGAGUAUCUCUUUCCAAAGUAUUGGUCAGAUAUCUAGAGCCUACAGGAUAUGGGGACGACAAGCUGUUCGAAUGUCCGCAGAGGACCUGCGGGGCCCGACUGACGAGCGAAUCGUUUGUCAACCACAUCCACUACCACAUACGCAGCUCCAGCUCCCGCAUGGACACGGAGCUGGUUAAGUGUCGGUAUUGUCGCACGCUGGAGACGCCGCCAAUGCUGCGGCAACAUAUGCUGCUGCAUCAUGCGCGGCAUAAUUAUAUCUGCAGCCUGUGCCUGGAGACGGGCACCAGCAAGGAUAUGGUGAUAUUCCACGUCCAGAAGUGCCAUUCAGAGGUGCUCGGCCUGCCCAAUCACUCCUUCAAGGUGAUGGAAGUCUCCCUGCAGGAGGGCCACGCUGUAAUGGCCGCCCACAGUUCCACGGUGUGUCAUGUGGUUGGGGUGCUGUUGCCUUUCGAGCAAGAGCAGCUGCAGGCUAUGAAGUUCAAGCUGAUCCGCGAACUGAAGCUGCGCGAGGCCGGCACAAAGUUUGUAUUUCGCUCUUCGGAGGCGAAGCUGCUGCCCAGCGGCCACACUGUGCUGACGGUGCAGCUGCGUUGCGCCGAGUGUCUGUAUGUCAGCUCUGAGGUUGUGCACAUGCAGCGACACCUGGCCAUGCACAAGGUGCAGACGAUUGGUGCGUUCGUGGAAUCACAGCGCAUCGUGCAGACUAGCCCCGAAAUCCCCGAGCCAUCUCCGGUGAAAGAAGAUGUGGCCAACGGAGCUGGGGGACAACAUACGGUGGUCAAUCCGUACAUGCUGUACGUACCCUCAGCGGGUCGCUUUGUCUGCGGUGCAUUGGACUGCGGCAUACAGCUGCCAACGCAGCAGGCCCUCAUCGAGCACAUGUCGAAGGAGCACAAGUACACGGAUGUGCUGUGGUGCCCCUUCUGCCGCUGCCGUCAGCCCAGCAAGUUAUCCGUCACAAAGUACUUGAAGCAUCUGCUCACCCACAAGCAUCACGUUUAUCAGUGCGGUUCCUGCUCUCGCUGCAAUCCCGACCGUUAUUCCAUUGAGCGGCACAUCAUGGACCGGCACCCGAAAAUCAAUGUAGAUGUGGUGAUACACAGGCAGGAGGUAAAUGCACGGCUAAAGACCACAGCCCGAUGGAUUAAGUUGCCCAAGCUAUCGAAGCACCCAACUCACAAUCAACUCAUAUGCAAUCUGUGCCAGCACAUGGACAACGCAAUAAUAAAGAUGCGCGCACAUGUAGAGGCAGUGCAUGGCAUUAAGCAUCAGUACAUCUGCCCUGUGCGUGCGCCGCAGUGUAGUUUUGGGGCAAAUGAGCCCGUCUCCGUCAUUCAGCACAUUCUGGAUAAUCAUCCGAGUGAGCAGGUGCAGCCAGCGCUUAUCUAUCAGCGCCCUAUCGCGCGGAAAAGGCAAACGAUGGGGUUCUACUGCUGCCAGUGUCGGCUGGCCUUUCUCAGCUUCCAGCGGAUCGUGGCCCAUCUCAAGGAGCAGCAUGCGUGCCUCUGCCAAUACAAGUGUCCGCAUUGCGAGAUCAGUUGCGCUCAGGAGCGAAGCGUUAUCUCGCACAUGAUUGACGAACAUCCGGACCUCAAGGGACUGGCUAUCUGCCAGUUCGAGCGAGUGUUUACUGAUCUACCCGAUAAGCUGGCCUGGGCCGAGGCCUAUCCGAUUGAGGAGGCACAGCAGCGUGAGCAGCAGCAACAGGAGGAAGAUCAAGAGGAGGAUCCAGACGAAGAGGAGAACGAGCAGCCAGAGGAGCAGGAAGUUCAGCAGCCCCCCCUUGCUGUCAAUUCAAGGAUCAGUGAGGUGAUCGAUCUUCUCGACUCGGAUGAUGAAACAGAGACUGAGAGAGUGACAGCGCCAGCGCCAGCGCCAGCACCAGUGACAGUGACAGCGACAGCGAAUCGGAAUGUCAGCGAACCCUUUAACGAGAGUUUACGUGUGUCUAUUGCAGAGAAGGAUAAGACCCUGAUCGAAUCCUAUUUGCGUAAUCAUUUCUAUAUUUUCUGCUGCGAUCAUUGUGGUUUCACCUCACGGAAUCUGAUGGAAAUGAAAACCCAGCACUGGGCAAAGGCGCAUGCGAAGCGAUCUUUCAUGUUCCGGGUGCAGCCGAUAUUGAUGUGCUGCCAAUGCAAGUCCUUUAAUGGCAGUGCUAAAGAGCUGCGUGACCAUCUGAUGUCAGCGCACCAACAUAAACGCCUGGUCAGGACGUUCGGCUGUGAUGUGCGUCGGCCCAGGGAGUGCGGGUUCUGCGAUUACAAUUAUCAGAACUGGGAGGAUCUCAGCAGCCACAUGGAGCAGGCGAAUCACCAGGCAAACGAUCUGAAGAACAUGACGGACUCGGGUCUGGAGGUGCUGCUGAAUCUGAAUCGAAGCAAAAACGGGGCCGAGUAUUAUCAAAAGUGCAGCCUGUGCCAGAAGAUACUGCCGGAUCAGAUAGCGAUGUACCAUCACGGACAGCAGGAGCACGCCAAUCAGGGUUUCAGCUUCACGAAUGUCCACCCGCUGAUGUUUCGCUGCGUAUACUGUGUGUUCUCCUCGCAGGAAGAGAUGGUCACGCUGCAGCACAUGAUCUCCCACUUUGGGGGCUUCCAAAGGUGCCAUUUUUGCCAGAUGGAUCAACCCGGUGGCUUCCAGCAGUACAUCCAGCACUGCUACACGAAUCACCAAGAAAGAGUUGGUCGUUUCCGGCAAGUGUACACGUACCGGGUGAUUUUGCGAUUCCUUAUGCAGACGGCCCUCCAAUUCCAGAACGGUCUGAUCAUAAGCAAGAACAGUUUGCUCAACACACGCUACAAUAGCGAUACUCUAAGUCGCCAGCUUUACGAAGAGUUGAUGGCCCUGGCCGAACGUCCGCCAAUUCCCCGGAUUCAUAUAGGUCUCAAGAAUACCACACCUAUCGCCAUCCAGGGGCUCCAGGGGGAGCCAGUGCCAAAAAAAGCCAAGAUCAGCCAGCGACGUCAGACCCUGGGUCCAGAUGAGUUAAUCAGGGCGAAUCCACCAGCAGUAGCAGCCGUCGCACCAAGCCCAGCCGCAGCCCUUUCACCAAGCCAAGCCGCAGCCUUCGCACAACGCCCAGCCGUAGCCCUCGCACAACGCCCAGCCGUAGCCCUCGCACAACGCCCAGCCGCAGCUCACGGCAGACCAGCGAAUACUACUUGGUCCACCUCGUUCACGGGAACUAAUCCCACAGCUCCACUGCAGCCGCCGCCACCAGCAGCAGCAAAAGUAGUAGCCGGCAAUCAACAGACUACAUCGACAGCUGGACCACAGAACAUAAUAAGGAACCUUAAGCGACGCAACAGCGUUGUGAUCUUUAGUCGUCCCUAGGGAUGUCUCUGGUAUCCUCCAUACAUAGGAAAGACUAUUACUAUUCAAAUUACACUUAAAAAGUAUGAGAUCAAGAGAUGAGAUCAGCCAUUUCUGAAACUGCCUGUUUUCACGCGAGAGAGAGAGGUGUUGUGCUAGUUCCAAACUAAAAACAUACAAUUUAUAUACACAACAUUUUGGUUUGCUUUUAAGCAAGAUGAAAAUUAUUGCUACAUUUGUAAGCAUUGAAAACUAAACCGAUUUCCAAGCGAUCAUUAUGAGAGAGAUAGAAAUAGUGAUAGAGGAAGAGAAAGAGUCACUCUAUGUGACCAAGCGAUCAUUAUGAGAGAGAUAGAAAUAGAUAUAGAGGAAGAGAAAGAGUCACUCUAUGUGACCAAGCGAUCAUUAUGAGAGAGAUAGAAAUAGAGAUAGAGGAAGAGAAAGAGUCACUCUAUGUGACCAAGCGAUCAUUAUGAGAGAGAUAGAAAUAGAGAUAGAGGAAGAGGAAGAGUCACUCUAUGUCUAUAUCUGUCAUAAUGAAAUCGGUUUAGUUUUCAGCGAGACAUUCGGGGAAAGACAAGAUAUUUUUUUUUUUUGUAAAUUAAGUUAAACCUAGUGUUUACGAUUACUUGUACACCCAAAGAAUCAAUUAUUAUCAAUAUUA